CACAACUCCACAAAGCGAGACACAUCCAAUGGACACACAGACCGACCGGUGCCUGGUCAGCAUUGUCUCCCUAGCCCGUUUCAUACUGGCUGCCCUCGCGCCACGACCUCUCGCUUGCCUGGUCUACACUGCUUACAUCCUCGUCCGUGAACGACUCGUUCUGACUGUCCAGCGCCUCACCCGACUCUUCCUCGUGAUCAUUCACCCGCCCCGGCCCCCCUGGCUGCCCCUGCCCCUGCUGCUGCUGUUGCAGCUCUUUCUCCAGCCUCUUUAUCUUCUCAUCCUGAUCCUUACACGGCUGCCCUUCCUUCUCUGUGGUGGAUGUCUCUUCUUCAUCUUCCUCUUGCUCUUCUUCUCGUUCCUCCUCUUGUUCCUCCUCUCCCUGGUCUUCUUGUUGCUCGGGGGAGGGGGAGGGCGAGGGCGAUGGGUAAGCCAGCUGCGGAAUGUCAUGUGUUCUCCUUGCCGGCUGCUGCAGUGUCUCACACCGAUACCCAACGUAGCCGUCCUUGCACUUGCAGCCGCCCAGCAUCUGUAUGUGACGGAGACAGACACACGAGUGAGCAAGGUACGCAGGGCAACAUGUGAUAUUUUGCUGUAACAUACUGGGUCACAUGUCUUUGGCUGACAUCCUUGUGAGCAGGCGAGACAAUCAGGCCCCCAUUGCGACUCAGGACAGCAGAAUGGCCCGUAUGUCCUGUCAAACCCUGACCGUGGAAAGCGAUGGCAUUGCUGUGCUUUCGAUUCAGCCCUUUGUUUGUGCGUGCCUCUUCUGUUCUGUUCCUCACCCACAUUUUUCGCAAUAGGCGUGAGCGUUGAUGGUGAUGAAGCACUCCUUGCACAGGCGUUGUAGGCGUUCAGGGCACUCGACAUGACGAUGAGGGUCUAGUGGUGGAUCCUCUUCCUUGGUGAAGGGCUGGCCGUCUUCUGCCCGGACAAAGAAGCCUCGACUGUUCAUCACUCCCAUGACUUGCACCCGAUCACCACUGCCACUCUCGAGUAAGCUGGCCGGAGGACCCCCGUGGAGCAGCGGUUGUCGCCUUCUCCUGCUCGAUGUGACUUUCGCCCUGUACCGUGCAGAUCUCCUCUCCGUGUGGGCUGCGGCCAUCUAUGUGGCGGCCAAGAGAGUCACUGCAAAGGCCAGCCGCAUCAUUCAUGUG